GUUCAUGCGGAGAUAACAUAUUACAUAUUACCCAACUCCAACAGCCGGCUUCGCACCUCGGUAGAGAGAUGUGGUUCCUAGUUAAGCAGAAGCAUGGGUUUGGAUUACAUUGGCGCAGGACCUGGCGUUUAGCGGUCAACCACCUUGAUCGUUCCGGCGAUCGAUCGGAAUACCAUAAACAGGUGGCUGAGUCUGCAACGGUCUUUCUGGAGACAACCUUCAUUUCCACAAUCAACUGCUCGACGUAGGUUUUCACUUUGGGACGUCGAUCUCUGUAGACAAGGCCCGCGCCAACAGAGUAAGAUGGUUUUCACCCCGCCGGUGUGGGUUCCCCAGUUACCUUUCGAUCCGCCGGAUUCAAUAUCCAUACAUGAAUUUGUCGAAAAUGAAAGAUGUGGCCGGCAGCCGUUCAAUAGGUCUCAGAAUCCAUUCACAUGUGGGCUGACGGGGAAGACAUUUACUCACGCCGAGUUUCAUGAGCGGCAAGAGCUCCUGGCAAGAUCACUAUCAAAACGCAUGGGAUGGCGGCCAAACGAAGACACACCCUGGGACAAAGUCAUAGGGCUAUACUCUCUCAAUACGAUCGACUACCUCAUGUUUACAUACGCGGUGCACCGUCUUUCCGGUAUCGUGACCCCAGCUAACGCCAUGUACUCUGCCGGCGAGUUAGAGCACCAGCUGAAGUCCUCGGGGGCCAAGGCUUUAUUUACGUGCCCCUCGCUGCUGGAUAACGCGCUGAAGGCCGCACGGGCGAGCAACAUCCCUGAUGAUAGAGUAUUCUUGCUAGAGGUCCCAGGACAGAACCGCGACCGGCGAUUCAAGACAAUCGACGAUCUAAUCGCUGAGGGCCGCUCGAUACCCGAGCUCGAGCCCCUCAAAUGGACGAAAGGGCAAGGCGCACGGCAAGCUGCAUAUCUCUGCUACUCUAGCGGGACUUCCGGCUUACCUAAAGCCGUCAUGAUAUCCCAUCGUAACAUCAUCGCGAAUAUGAUGCAGAUCCGCUGGCACGAAGACACAGGUCGGCGCCAGAAGGGCGUCGAGACACAGACGUGCAUCGGCCUUUUGCCCAUGUCGCAUAUCUAUGCACUGGUCGUGGUCGCUAACACUGGUGUAUACCGUGGUGAUGGCGUGAUAGUAUUGCCGCGCUUCGAGCUCAGGACUUUGCUUGAGUCUAUCCAAAAGUUCAAGAUAGAAUUCAUGCACCUUGUCCCACCGAUCAUCAUCCAGCUCCUUCGAAACCCAGAGCUGUGCGCCAAAUAUGACCUAAGCAGCGUGCGCUUCAUCUUCACCGGCGCAGCCCCGCUAGGCGCCGAGACGCACGAAGACAUGCGAAAAGCGUUCCCAUCGAUCACAGUCGGCCAAGGCUACGGGCUGACGGAGACGAGCACGGUGGUCUUCGGCACAGGCGAGAACGACGUCAUGGUCGGGACAUCGGGGUCCCUCGUCCCCGCGACGCGCGCAAAGCUCCUCGACGAAGAAGGCCGCGAGAUCACGGAGUACUACAAGCGCGGCGAGCUCUUGUUACAAUCGCCCUCCGUCACCCUGGGCUAUCUGCAUAAUGAGCGCGCCACGGCCGAGGCCUUCGUCUGGGACGAAGACGGGCGGUGGAUGCGCACGGGGGAUGUCGCGGAGGUGUGGGUGUCGGAGGCCGGGAACGAACAUUUCGCUGUUGUGGACCGGCUGAAAGAGCUGAUCAAGACGAAGGGCCACCAAGUCGCGCCAGCAGAGCUAGAGGCCCAUCUCCUGACCCACCCCGCCGUGAACGACUGCACCGUCAUCCCCGUGCCAGAUGACAGCGCGGGCGAAGUGCCCAAGGCCUUCGUGGUGAAAUCGGCGUCGGCGACAGGACGGUCCGACGAGGAAGUCGCGCGCGAGAUCUGCAAACAUGUUGAAGAUCAUAAGGCGCGGUAUAAGUGGCUUCAGGGCGGCGUCGAGUUCGUCGACGUCAUCCCCAAGAGUCCGAGCGGAAAGAUCUUGCGGCGCAUCUUGAAGGAUAAAGAGAAGGAGGCGAGAAGAGCGAAGGGCGCGAAGUUGUGAUCUUGUGAUGCGGGCUUUCUCAUAUCCAGGUACUCAGUGGGACCCGUACUUUCGUAGGCGACGAGGGAUGAGUUGGCUAGAUUUCAUAUAGCGUGUCGGAGGGAUUCUGCGUUUGUAGAUAGCGAUACUGCGAGGGACAUGUCACAUCAUCACAUAUUUCAUAGCGUUGGUCCAAGACUUAUUUGUUUUACUCAUUUAUUAAGAGCUAUUAAUACAAGAUCUCUGACGGAUCAAUCAUCG